CCUCCCCACCCGCCUCUCCUCCUCCUCUCUUGUAGGAGCCGCGGUCGGAGAUGGAUGUCUCGCUCUGCCCGGCCAAGUGUAGUUUCUGGCGGAUUUUCUUGCUGGGCAGCGUCUGGCUGGACUAUGCGGGCUCGGCGCUGGCGUGCCCCGCCAACUGCGUCUGCAGCAAGACCGAGAUCAGCUGCCGGCGGCCGGACGAUGGGAACCUCUUCCCGCUCCUGGAGGGGCAGGAUUCGGGGACCAGCAACGGCAACGCCAGCGUCAACAUCACGGACAUCUCGAGGAACAUCACUUCCAUACACAUCGAGAACUGGCGCGGCCUGCACACGCUCAAUGCCGUGGACAUGGAGCUCUACACCGGUCUCCAGAAGCUGACCAUCAAGAACUCAGGACUUCGGAGCAUCCAGCCCAGAGCCUUUGCCAAGAACCCUCACCUGCGCUAUAUAAACCUGUCGAGUAACCGGCUCACCACUCUCUCAUGGCAGCUCUUCCAGACGCUGAGUCUCCGGGAACUGAGAUUGGAGCAGAACUUCUUCAACUGCAGCUGUGAUAUCCGCUGGAUGCAGCUGUGGCAGGAACAAGGGGAGGCCAAGCUCAACAGCCAGAGCCUCUACUGCAUCGGUGCCGACGGCGCCCAGCUCCCCCUGUUCCGCAUGAACAUCAGCCAGUGUGACCUCCCCGAGAUCAGCGUGAGCCAUGUCAACCUGACCGUGCGGGAGGGGGACAACGCCGUCAUCACCUGCAAUGGCUCAGGGUCGCCUCUGCCAGAUGUGGACUGGAUGGUCUCCGGACUGCAGUCCAUCAACACCCACCAGACAAACCUGAAUUGGACCAACGUGCACGCCAUCAACCUGACACUGGUGAACGUGACAAGCGAGGACAACGGCUUCACGCUGACCUGCAUCGCAGAGAACGUGGUGGGCAUGAGCAACGCCAGUGUCGCCCUCACCGUCCACUACCCCCCGCGCGUGGUGAGCCUGGAGGAGCCGGAGGUGCGGCUGGAGCACUGCAUCGAGUUUGUGGUGCGGGGCAACCCGCCGCCCACCCUGCACUGGCUGCACAAUGGGCAGCCGCUGCGCGAGUCCAAGAUCAUCCACGUGGACUUCUACCAGGAGGGCGAAGUCUCCGAGGGCUGCCUGCUCUUUGACAAGCCCACGCACUACAACAACGGCAACUACACCCUCAUCGCCAAGAACCCGCUGGGCUCGGCCAACCAGACCAUCAACGGCCACUUUCUCAAGGAGCCCUUUCCAGAGAGCACGGAGAACUUCGUCUCUUUUUACGAAGUGAGCCCCACACCCAUCACUGUGACCCUCAAACCGGAGGAAGAUACUUUUGGGGUGUCCAUCGCUGUUGGACUUGCUGCUUUUGCCUGCGUCCUGCUGGUGGUUCUCUUUAUCAUGAUCAACAAGUAUGGCCGACGGUCCAAAUUCGGAAUGAAGGGUCCCGUGGCAGUUAUCAGUGGCGAAGAGGACUCAGCCAGCCCGCUGCACCACAUCAACCAUGGCAUCACCACGCCCUCGUCACUGGACGCCGGGCCAGACACAGUGGUCAUCGGCAUGACCCGAAUCCCGGUCAUUGAGAACCCCCAGUACUUCCGCCAGGGACACAACUGCCACAAGCCGGACACGUAUGUGCAGCACAUCAAGAGGAGGGACAUCGUGCUGAAGCGAGAGCUGGGCGAGGGCGCCUUCGGGAAGGUCUUCCUGGCUGAGUGCUACAACCUCAGCCCCACCAAGGACAAGAUGCUUGUGGCUGUGAAGGCCCUGAAGGACCCCACCCUGGCCGCCCGGAAGGAUUUCCAGAGGGAGGCUGAGCUGCUCACCAACCUGCAGCACGAGCACAUCGUCAAGUUCUACGGGGUGUGCGGCGAUGGGGACCCCCUCAUCAUGGUGUUCGAGUACAUGAAGCACGGGGACCUGAACAAGUUCCUCAGGGCCCACGGGCCGGACGCCAUGAUCCUCGUGGACGGGCAGCCACGCCAGGCGAAAGGCGAGCUGGGGCUCUCCCAAAUGCUCCACAUCGCCAGCCAGAUUGCCUCGGGCAUGGUGUACCUGGCCUCUCAGCACUUCGUGCACCGAGACCUGGCCACUAGGAACUGCCUGGUGGGGGCCAACCUGCUGGUGAAGAUCGGGGACUUCGGCAUGUCCAGGGACGUCUACAGCACCGACUACUACAGGCUCUUUAAUCCAUCUGGAAAUGAUUUUUGUAUAUGGUGUGAGGUGGGAGGACACACCAUGCUCCCCAUCCGUUGGAUGCCCCCCGAAAGCAUCAUGUACCGGAAGUUCACGACGGAGAGUGACGUGUGGAGCUUCGGGGUGAUCCUUUGGGAGAUCUUCACCUAUGGGAAACAGCCAUGGUUCCAGCUCUCAAACACAGAGGUCAUCGAGUGCAUCACCCAGGGUCGGGUCUUGGAGCGGCCCCGCGUCUGCCCCAAGGAGGUGUAUGACGUCAUGCUGGGGUGCUGGCAGAGGGAGCCCCAGCAGCGGCUGAACAUCAAGGAGAUCUACAAAAUCCUCCACGCUCUGGGGAAAGCCACCCCCAUCUACCUGGACAUCCUCGGCUAGGGCCAGGCCCGCGCUCAUACUCAGUUGCCUCCUCUCUCCUGGUCUCCCCUCCGCCCCCCUACCUCGCAUCUCCUUCCUCCAUCCUUGACUGAAGCGACAUCUUCAUAUAAACUCAAGUGCCUGCUACACAUACAACACUGAAAAAAAAAAAAGAAAGAAAAAACCCUGUAAGGCAGUUUGGCAUAUAUAUAUAUAUAUACAUAUAUAUAUAUAUAUUUAUAUAUCUAACUAUCUAUCUAUCUAUAUCUCCGGAGAGUUGCUUCUCUGAUACAGAGAGAAGCUGCUGAGACAGAAACCACAAAACCGCAACGCUCAGAAAACCCUAACUAUUGUGAACACACAUGAAAAUUCUCGAUGACUUACGCCUGGCGCAUGCUUCUUCGGCUCUGGCUUUUUGGAGCAGAAGACCUGGACGAUGCAGAGAGACAAUCUUCGUGCUGAGACGGGAAGAGCUGGGGUGGAUGCGAAUCAUCAUCUCCGUGCAGGUUAUCGCCUGCCCGGGUGUGCAUCACCUGCCAGGUGUGUUACGCCCAAGCUCUCAAUGGCGCACGGGCAGGUGACAAGGACUGCGCUCAGCAAGGACACGACCCUGCACCGGGGCCCUGGCAUGCCUCCUGACCCCCCAACAUUGCCAUCACGCCUUCCUACUCUUUUCCCCUGUGAGACCGUCUUCUGAGAUGUUCAUUCUAGAAGGUGGUCUUGAGGCUUUGGGGAGUCAAGGUAAACCCUGAACAAGCCACAACCACAAACAAAGCUGUGCCGACGUGGCCACGCCUUCCCGUGUGCGCCGCGCUCAAGUUCCUUGCUAGGUCGGCAAGGCCUGUGUCAUCUCCUCUGAUCUUCAAGAACUGGACUUUCUGGACUGAAAGAACCACAGAAGAACCUUGUCAGGGUGCUUGCAUCGUCGGGAAGACUCCUGGCCUCGCCUCCCAAAUUCAGGCUUUUGGGGAGCGCUGGGGUGGGGAGGUGCCUGGGUUGUCUGCUUGUGGGGACCCAGAGGGUUCCAAAGCCAGAGCCUCGGUUCCCCUAGGGCACCAUGAGGUGUGCCCCUGAGGUGGUCUUUCUUGCCCUGACCCCCCUCCCUGCCACCCCCUUCCUGGACUCUGCCAGACCCAGGUGAACUACCCGCUAGGCAGUGAGCCAGGUCUGGUGAGAGGCAGCGCUGGUGUCAGGGAGCUGGCGGUGGAGUGGGCAGGGGCCAGCAGGGGGAUUCUCUUGGCACCUGCACCAGCCCUUGGCAUUCUCCUCACGUCCCAGCCCCUUGAAGGAUUGAUGCAUCUGCCUUUGGGCUGCUGAGAAAAUGCAGGGCUGAGAGAUGGCUUUUGUGGGCUGGGUGGGGGGAGGGCCUGAGCAUCUCUGGGCCACGGCCAACAUGUGGCCACUGCUCGGCAUCUUAAUGAGGACAGAGCCCUGGCCGGAGAGAGAGGACGCGCCUGGGCCCAGCCAGCGCCCUGGCCACACCAGGGGAAUCACUGCCUUCGGCUGCUUGUCAAGGAAGCGCCAGGGGCUGCUCUCUGGGCCUCCCGGAUGCUGCUGGAGCCGACAGCCGGGCCCCGCAGUACCCUCCUGCCAGGAGGAGCGGACAUGUCCCUCCCAGGCCGCCGAGUCCCGCCUCACGCCAAGCACAGAGCUGCCGACUGACCAGCCCCCCUCCUGCUGGCAUCUCGGGGAUGGGGGGCUGACCUGCUCUCUCUUUGCAGAAGGGCUGCCAGCAGCCUGGGCUGCCUGGCUCAGGUGUGGGGGGCAUCCCCUGCAGGGUCCAGGCCUGAAUUUGUGGUUUUGCUUCUUUUUUAGACCAACACAUGUUUUUAUCAAACAGAAAAGAGCUGUGCUCGGACAGUGGGUCCCGGUUUGUGUUCAGGGACCGGUGGGCUGCUCAG